GGUUAUUGAUAUUUUAUAAGUUAAAUAAUAUAAAAUCGUGUCGCAUUGUUUAAAAAUGAAAUAUGAAACUGUUUAGUUGGAAUAAUGUCCCGAAUAAGAGGAAUUGAGACAAAAAUCAAAGUACAGAAAGAUGUGUUUCAAAUUCAACAAGGAUUUAAAAACGGUUAUGCUAAUGCGAUUAGAAAAAAAAGCGAUGACGACUCUUUUGAUAAAGACGAUGCAGAGAAACAUCAGAUAGAUGAGCUGCUGCAUAAGCUUCCAGCUUUGGACCAGAUAUUUGAAGUCCACCGCAAGAUCGGGGAAGGAACAUUCAGCUCAGUGUACCUGGGCUCCUUGCGCCGGCACUCUACGCUGCCGGCCGCCGACCGUCGCUGGUUCGCCAUCAAGCACCUAGUGCCCACUGCACAUCCUGCCCGCAUAGAGCAUGAGUUGCGCUGCUUACAAGAUAUAGGGGGCAAGCACAAUGUAAUUGGUGUGGAUCUCUGCCUGCGACACCUCGAUACCAUUGUGUUCAUAAUGCCUUAUAUACCUCACAGGAAGUUCUCAGAGUACGUGGGCGAGAUGGACUGGGAGGAGCUGCGGCGGUACAUGCGCGCGCUGCUCGAGGCGCUGCGCCACGUGCACUCCUUCGGCAUCAUCCACCGCGACGUCAAGCCCAGCAACUUUCUCUACGACAGGGACAACAAGAGAUACUUGCUGGUUGACUUUGGUCUGGCGCAGCGCGUGUGCGUGUCUCCCGAUGAGCCGGCCGCGCCCCGCCCCGCCUCAGACCCCGCCCAGGACUCCGCCCCCACGCUCGCGCACUCCAACAAACGCACAAGGGACCAACUAGAGGACGAUUCCUCGCCAGGAGCGAAAAGAGUAGCCCUCGAUCUCACCGUGGAGUCUAAGAGAGUCAACGUCAGCACCGAUCUCUCUAAGAAACUAACGGGACCUUCGAAGGUCCAAUUACCGAAGGCUGUGGCUCUAAAGCGGGAGGCGGCGACGUGCGCGUGCGCGUGCGCAGGCGUGGGCGGGGUGUGCGCGGGCGGCGGGUGCGCGACGCGGGCGGUGGCGCGGGCUCCGCGGGCCGGCACGCAGGGCUUCCGCCCGCCCGAGGUGCUGCUGAAGUGGCCGCGGCAGAGCGCCGCCGUCGACCUGUGGGCCGCCGGCGUCGUGCUCGCCACCGUCCUCCUCAACAGGUACCCGCUGUUCCGCGCUGCAGACGACGUGUCAGCGCUGGCGGAGGUGACGGAGCUGCUGGGCACGGCGGCGGUGCAGCGCGCAGCUCACCACCUCGGUCGGCGCGUGGUGACGUCGGUGCGGCGGCCGGGCAUGUGCCUGCGCAAGCUGAGCGCGCACCUCCGCGGCGCCGCCCCGCCCCGCCCGCCCAGCGCACCGCCCCGCCCGCCCUCGGCCCCGCCCCGCCCGCCCUGCGCGCGCUGCCGCCGCCCCGCCGCCCGCUGUCUCUGCCCCGACGAGAACGUAUCGGCGAGCAGCUUCGAGGCCGGCAAGUGGGUGGCGGGCUUCCCGGACAGCGCCUUCGCCCUCGCCGCGCACCUGCUGGAGCCUGCGCCCGCGCAGCGCCCCUCCGCCGCGGCCGCCCUGAGCCACGCCUUCCUCGCAGACCCCGCCCCCCACACUACAUGACACCUCCCACCGCGCCGUACUAUCUAACAGUUUGCUGCAAUGAAGUAAUUCGUGAGAAAGACCUACGAAUAGUGUGUGGUUUAUUUAUUUGUUACAAUUGUAUGAAAACGAUGCCACUGUUUUGUCGUAAAAAGUUAAAAAUAUUCUCGGCGGGUCCGGACCGAUUGAGUUUCCACUAAAACUUUAUUUUAUUCAAAAAUUAUACACGUCUGAACUAAAACUGGAGCUUCAGGUGCCGCGCUCUUAUCAGAUAAUCGUUCCUAUUAUUCUAAGAUACAUUUUACCGAGAUGAAAUAAGAUGAUGGUUCUAUAUCUCGGCGAGGCUAUUUUUAGUUUGUACUGUACUUAUUUCCUUAUCGAGUUACCAAAUAAUUACAUAUGAAGCGGGCGAGCGUCGCCGCCGCUGGGUAUAGUAUUAGAUUAGCGGUUUGUUCGCGCUCGAGUCUUGUGCGCGUUUAUUCUCUGGCUGAUGUCCGCGCGCCACUCUCAAUCUUCAAUCAGUUCACCAAAUGGAUUGAGAAACUUAGUCUUACUUCCUAAAGUUUGCAGUUUAUACUUGUUGUCGAUGUUCUGGAUCUGUCC